UUUCAUUUAAAGUAGUUCAUACAGAUCUCGUCAGCAAAUUUGGAGUUUGAAUGUAAUUCGUUUCCCGUUUGAAGAAUAUAUUCUUGAUAGUUUUAGAUAGUCAUCAACAUUCAGAAGUAUGGACGAGACAAAAAGAAUUACACGGAAUCUAUCAUUUAUCAAGAAAACUGUAACUGAAAUUGAUAGUGUUAUAGAUAUAUUAAUAGAAGAGGACAUUCUUGGGAUGGGAGAAAGAAAUCUUAUAUUGCUGGAUGAGGAUCCUAUCCAUUCAGUAUUAGAAAUAGUUCUUAAGAAACAGGCAUAUAAGAAGUUUACAAAGGCAUUACAGUGUACUGGAAAUGAAAGAAUAGUUGCAAGACUUGAAGCAACAGACUUACGUUUAGAAAAAGAAUCCAGCAUGUCAAGUACAGACCAAGACAAUAUGUAUACAGAUAAUGAAUAUAAACAACACAAGGCUUCCAUGCUACAGAAUGACCUUGACAAUUUAACAAAAGAAAAUUACAAUCUAAAGCAACAGCAAGCACAAAUUCGAAAAGAUCUUAAUUGUAACCAACACAGAUUGUUAGAACUCAACCGAGAAGCUUGUAAAUAUCAAAAAGAAAAUUUAGAAUUGAGUCAGCGACUUUCCAAUCUUAGAAGGGGUGACUUGGUUAAUUCUGUUUUUAAUGAUCUAGAGGAAGAGUUAAAGAGGAAAGAGAAUAGAAACACAAAACUUAAGAAAGAACUUGAUUUAAAAAAGGACGAAGUAACGCAUUUGAGAAAUCAGUUAGAUGAUCUGAGAAAAGAAGUCGACGAAAAGACUGACCAAAUAGCAAUGCUUAGCAGGGAAAUGAGACAUUUACGUGAGGAACAUAUUUCAGCGAGAACUGAAAGGAGAGAACUCAAACUUAAAGUUGAGAACAUUAACAAAAAUUUUGAUGAAAAAAUGCAAAACAUGAUGAAUGUCAUAUCAGAGAAUAAAGUUAACAGGACACCAAGACAAUCUACCUUUACACGCAUAUCAGCACAUUCAAGGAAUCAAAGCAAAGAUAGGGGUCAAAAUAGGGAAAGUUCAAUUUUGCCAACGCUUCAAGGAAAAACACCGGGUACACCGAAAUCAAGCAAUACCCAUAAUUCGACUAGAGAAUCUCCUAUCAGUCCUAGGGCGAGAGUAACACGUCCACGUCAGUUUAUCUCACCUCAAUUCGUGUUUACAGCUAAACCCCAAGCACAAUGGAAAUAAUAAAUUAAAUUGACUUAUUUUCACAAAUUUGCAUGCAUUUAUUCAUUUUUUGUUGUUGUUGCAUAUAUGAUUCUAUACUAUGAAACGCUUUAUUAUUUAUUUGUUCGGCUUAUUUUCAUCAGUUAGUUGAUGAAAUCUAAAGUAUUGAAUACAGUAAUAAAG